AUGGAUGCCCAAGGAAGCUCGUCCACCAGGGGAAAGUCUUCUCCAGAGGCGAUACCUGCGACCGGCCUCAGUAUUGUAUACGAGCCCGAGACGGAUGCUCCAAUAGUCGACAUUGUUUUCGUCCAUGGUCUGAAAGGUCACCCGUACAAAACAUGGCGAUGCAAACAGAAUCCGGAAAAAGUGGGGGAACCGCCAGCGGACUCUGGAAAGGAGGCACCGAAGUCGAAUACUUCGAAACGACUCGAGUUGAAACAAAGUCUCAAGGCGCUCUUGAAAGGCUCGUCAAACAAUAACCGACAGGGCACCAGCCUCACUGAAUCCACGCGCAAUAUUCCCUCAACAGUAGAGACUGGCGAAAUGCCUAUUUUCUGGCCCGCUGAUCUCCUCCCUCAAAUCUGCAAGAAGGCUCGAAUCAUGACAUUCGGCUAUGAUACAAAGAUAACCAAGUUUACGUCGGGCCCCACUAACACAAACAGUAUUUUCUCUCAUGGGAAGGACUUUUUGUUCUCCCUAGGGCGCGAAUACGUGCCCCGACGUCCCAUGAUAUUUGUUGCUUACAGCCUCGGCGGAAUCCUGGUGAAAGAGAUGAUUGCGCUGUCGUCAAAUUCGGAUACUCUCGCACACAAAGGUAUCAUCGAAUCAACUGCGGCUAUUGUAUUCCUUGGAACACCUCAUCGAGGAAGCCCUGAGCUGUCAGCCAUUGGCGAAUGGGCAAGAUCAAUGCUCAGCAGUUUGAAGUUCCAGACAACAUCGACCAUCCUAGACACUCUAGGUCUCAAGACAACAGACCUUGAACGCGCCCAUGAAGCGUUCUGUAGACUCUGGUAUCAGUAUGACUUCCAGGUGAAGACGUUCCAGGAAAGCUUUGGUCUUACUGGGAUUGAUCUGGGUGUCUUGGGAAACAAGGUCGUGCCUCAUGAUUCUUCCUUGAUUGGGAACCCGAGGGAACAUGCAGAGACUCUCCAGGCCAAUCAUAAGCAGAUGAGUCGCUUCGGCACUGAUCAGGAUCCGAACUAUAUCAAAGUUGCUGGCGAGAUCAAGACAUUCUAUAUGGCGAUCGAUAAUGCUCACUCUAGGCAACGAGAUUUAGCAGAGGCGGCUCGAGUUUCUAAUAUGGAAGCUAGUAAGAACAAGAAGUCACCUUCUGAAGAUACUAGCCCUGAUAUUCUAGACCAGAGAGAAUUGGACGACUUUCUUGCAGCACUACGGUUCAAUGGGAUGAAUAAUCGCCGGGAUUCUAUCUUGACCCCUGCCGUGGAUACCGUGCAGUGGCUAUUCCAGAACCAAAGAUUCCGUCUUUGGACCAAUACAACUGAUAAACGGCAGCGUCUACUCUUUAUCAAGGGAAAGCCGGGAGCUGGCAAGUCAACCUUGAUGAAAGAGGCUGUACGAUAUAUGCAAGGUACUGCAAGAAAAGACCAUAUAGUUGCCAGCUUCUUCAUCGAUGCUGGUGGCGACACUAUGCAGCGAUGCACGACUGGAAUUUAUCGAUCGUUGCUCUACCAGCUUCUCUUGCAGAGUAUGAUAUGCAGCCCGCUCGUGCAGACCUCCACUGAGAGGCAGAUAUUGAUCUGUAGCAUCAAGGAUGCCAUAAUUCACACCGUACAUACCUCGGCAGAAUGGAGCGGCGGUCUGUUGGAAAUCCUGCUCUCCGAAACGCUUGAUUUCCUAGCAUCGCGAGGCAAGCCGGUCUUUAUCUUUGUGGAUGCACUUGACGAACUGAGCAUAGACAUGCAGCGACGCCAAGUUGACUUCUGGAGUUUAGGACAUAAUAUAUUCGACACCCGUGGCCCGAGAAUCUGCUUGUCUUGCAGACAGUUUCCCAGCAUCUCCGUUGUUGGCUCUCUAGAGCUGGUUCUGGACAUUCACAAUCAGACAGACAUCUUGAACUACAUUAAACAGCGACUGGAUACGCGAAUCUCUGUCCAUGAAGGACACUGGCGAAAAAUAUUGACGGACAAGAUCCAUUCUCUAUCGUCGGGAGUCUUCCUCUGGGUCGUCUUGGUGGUCGACGAAACUCUUGCUAGUUAUGAUCAGGGCACCAGUCUGCUUGGGCUCGUCCUACGCAUCGAGGAAAUGCCAACAGAGCUCGAGAAGAUGUAUGAAAAAAUCUUAAGAACAGCCAUAUACGGGUCCCCUUCAGUGAUUAGAAAGAUGUUUCAAUGGGUACUUGCAGCAAGCAGACCUUUACGCCUUGACGAGUGGCAUCACAUACUCGCUUUCAUCCAGCCUGCGAGACCUGCUUCGCUAGCAACGUGGCGAAACUCAGAGUAUUAUACGGAGAACGAUGAUCAGCUCGAGAGAAAGAUCAAGAACCUAUCGAAAGGGUUAUUGGAAGUCAGCAACAAGCAGCACGAUGUUCUGGCGGCGGAGAAAAACUAUGAAGUGUCCUCGAUCAAUGCUGGUGCUGGAUCUUUAGACUAUGAUGUGGGCUCAGCUCGUGUCGUGCGUGUUAUACACCAGUCUGUUUACGACUACUUCAUAAAUAAAGGAGGAUUCCGUACCUUGGGCUUGUUGGAAAGCGUCGAUCCUCUUGCGGAUUGCCAUUGCACUAUUUUGGAAACAUGCAUCGACUACUUGUUCAUCCCUGAGUUGGAUGAAUACAUCGCUGCUCGCCAGCGAGCAGCAGACAUGGCGAGUCUAGUGACUGGCUCAUUAUGUUCUGAGAAGUCUUUCACAACCGGAGGAUUUCCUCAGCCAGAUGAUCAGGGAAUACCAAGACUGCGUAGGGAAACCUUUAUCAAAGAUUGGGAGGCAUUCCUCCCCCGGGAGUCUUUCGAGGUCGUUGAGAACUGGCUAGCUGGAUGGACGCUAUCUACAUAUGCAGGUUCCAUCACCGGCUCUGAAAAACAUUCUGCCUCUGGCGAGCCUGUUGUUGCUGCUGCAUCCCAGGUUCUCAGCGACUACGUACCUUUACUUGUAUAUGCCGUCACGGAAUUUAUGUUACAUAUCGAGGGUGCACAGCUGGAAUCAAACCCAACCCAGCAGAAACAGGAUCUUAUCACGAGGUUGAGAGAUGAGGCAAUUUCGGAGCGUCUCCGACCACUGCAUCAAGAGAAACGCUCGCAAGAGAUGAUUGCCCAAUGGCUUGAAGCAAUUGCACAGAAUCGGUUACCGUCUCUUCCAAACCCCGGCGAAUGGUCCGAGAGCUCCAAGAAGUAUAGCGAGCUUCAGCUCGGCGAGUAG